UAUUGAUAUGUAAUAUUGUUAUAAAUUGAUUAAAUACGUAUAAAGGAACAAGAAAAUUCAAAUUCGACUAGAUGUUGGAAAAAGUAAUCAGUGGGACACAAAAUACAUCUACUUGAAUGUUUGAUCAGGUAUAAAAUUUCGAGGUCUGCGAAGACGAGAGGUCAGCAACAGCAGCAACAGGAUAAUAAUUUCACACCACCUCACCUUCAAAUAACUGGAAUGAAAUCCACACACUCAUACACGAAAGGCACAGAUAUGCAGAAAACUCAGAAUUGCUCGACUACAUUCCCUACAACAAACAUCACGAAUCAAGCUAUAAGAGAAGUUUUCCAACUAUUAGCAGCAGGGGAGACCAUAUUAUGCACUCAACCCAAAGUUAAGGACGCGACUCUGGUAUUGGGAAACACUGGUGCAGGCAAAUCCACAUUCACUCGAACAAUUGCAGGCUAUGAAUCAACUCUAAAGUCAGUACCAGAGAAUCUCUACUACACCAUCGUCAACCCCGACAGUGAGAGUAGAAAUGAAUCCUUCAUAACAUCCAAUACAAUAUUUCCAGAACAAGUGCGAGAUAACAACACAGGCAGCGUGUAUUACGACUUCCCAGGCUUCCAGGAUACCAGGGGAAUGGCUCAUGAUAUAACGACGACAUACUUUAUUAAGAAAAUCGUCGAUAGCGUUGAACGAAUCAGAGUGUUGCUUCUGGUCAAUUACACUUCAUUUACUAACACAGGAACCAGAGAUGACUUUACAACUCUGCUAUCGCAUAUCACGAAAUUUAUCAAAAACAUCGACAAAUACAAAGACGGAAUUGCGCUUAUUGCGACAAAAGCUCAUCUUCCUACAACAUCAGAUGAUCAGAUCAUUUCUGCUAUAGCCACAUUCAUCGGAAACGUUAAAAAAAGCUUGGAACAAGCGGAUCACUCCAAGAUGGACAAUAGAGUAAAACUACUCGAUACCUUAUUGCAAAGAGAUGGAAAUACGUACCCUAAAAUAGCGAUAUUCAGAUCACCAGACGAGGCCGGAUACUUGAGCCAUAUUCCCUCAAUGCAGAAAAAUAUCAAAAAAAUUAAAUCCACGCUGGAAACGCUCAAGUUUCUAGAAAAAACUGACUCCGAUUUCACUUACACUAUACCCAAACAAUCCCUCAUAGAUGUUGAUAACGUCAUCGGUGAAAUUACACGCGGUUUUGCCACCAGUGUUCGAGAAAUUGGCAAAGAAAUACAGAAGAAUUUAUCAGCUGAAGAAGAUCUGAUCCAAGAUAUUUCCAAACUAUACAAUGUUACCAGUUUCAGAUACGACGAAAUAACGAAAAUAAUGGAAAAGGCAAAAAAUCAACAACUCGAAAACUGCGCUCGAGAGGUGAUUAAUGGCGCCAUAUCUAUGAAUGUAAACUCCAUUCACCAUGAUAUGUUGAUGAAAUACGCCAAUUACUCGUCAUUUUUACACAAUAUUAGCGAUCACAUCGUCCAUAAUAAAUUUCAAUGCGCGGAUGAACUCCAAUAUGUCGUCGAGCAUUCGAGAGGGUCGAAAACAUGGUAUCAUUUUUUGAAUAAAUUAUACGAAAGAUUAUCAGAUUAUGAAACACAAACCGAUACUCUGAACAGUCCAUGUACUGCAUUGGCUAAAAAUGCAGUCAACGGAAACAAUUCUGAAUUUAAUCUCGAUCCGUUUGAUCUAAAAAAAUGUUAUCCCAAUUACGAAUCGGAGUUUGAAAAUAUCAGAAACGUGAAAGUUAAUAAAUCGAAGUUGAAUGCUUUAGAAAAAGUACUCGAUUCGACGUUGAAAAGCAAUUCAUCUUAUUCGUGCGAUUCCGACAAAUUGGUGAUAAAAGGUGAGUAUGUUAAACUGGGAGAUGUUCCAUAUAUUCAAAAAAGAGAAUGCAAAGCAUCGCCAAAGUUCAUAGAAAUCUUCGCCUUGAGUAAGAUAUUCAUCAAUGCAGAUUUCAAUAAGAUAGGAGAAGAAGUACAGCUUUCAAUUAUAGCUCCUGUAUGGCAUAUUCAAGGUACGCAUAAAAUCACCCUAGAUGGUAAGUCUGGAGACGCUGAUCGUGCGUCAAAAGCACCAGAUGGAGCAAAUUCCGGUGAUAAUGGCUCAGAUGGUUUACCUGGAUCACCUGGAGGACCAGCGGGGAAUUUCAUAGGAAUAGGUGAAACUUUCAAACAUCCAGAAGAGCUUACUAUCUCUGUUAGAGGAGGUGAUGGAGGACGAGGCCAAGAUGGUGGUAAUGGCCGAACUGGAAAUGAUGGCGAAAAAGCGUACAAUGACAUUACUUUAGAAGCACCAGAACUCGAACAGUUGCUUACCGCGACGGGGAUCUACCAAUUCGGAAUUCCAAAAUCUAAUCAUAAAAUAUCAGAAAUAAACGUAGAUAAGGACUUUUUCACUUCAAAGUAUGUGGUGGUUCUUGAUGGGCAUGAAGGGAAACCAGGAGGAAACGGCGGCAAUGGUGGGAUGGGAGGUCCAGGAGGUACUUCUGGUGAAAUUAUUUUCGCUUCGAUGACAUCUUCGGGUAAAAAUGAAACAGGUCUACAAAAGGUAACAGGAAUGGGAAGUAAAGGUACAGACGGUGAAGGUGGCAAAGGCGCUGAAGGAGGAAAACAUGGAAACAAACUCGAGGUAACUAUACCAUUAAUUUUUAAAGGUUUCAGAGAAACAACAGAGAGGGUCAUUGAGACUUCCGAACGAGCAUCUCAGGGUCACCAUGGAAAACAUGGUUAUUAUACAGAGGGGGGGAAAUACCCGGAACCGAGUAGAAAUAUUACGAAUUUACCAGAUAUAGUGAAUGAAUAUAAACAAUUCGCCAGAGGGAGCCUGAAUCGGUGUGUGAGGGAGUUUCAUCUAAUUGAAUUUCUCAACAAGUUGGAGAAUAAUACGAUUUUUCAAAAUCAUCAUAGAAAACGUCGUUCAAUCAACUGUACAAACGGAACACAAAAUAUCAAUCGUGGAAAUUCGCAUAUCGCAAGUUCUUUACAGGCGAACGCAUUUGAAACAACCAGCAGCAACGAUCAUCAUGGAAUUGACAACAACACUCUCAUUUUAAAAACUCAAGAUACCAAUAAAACUGACCACAUCAUCUUGGAUAAUGCUCCAUUGGCAAGAAGUGCUGGUGUCAGAAUUCAUUCACCGAUCAACUUCGCUAUUAAUUUGGUGAAGAGCUUCUUUGGGCAGUGGAAGCUCUUCGACAUGAAUCACAGUUUGGUUAAAGGUGGCGCCGAAUUUAGGUUGAGAGAGCCAGAGCCUGCUGGUAAAGCUAACCUUGGUGAUUUGACAAAAUUUGGGAAUUUCAACAUCAACGAAUCACUGACCUUGAUUGAUUUCGCAAUUCGAUGCAUUACAAAAGAGAAAUUUUUCAAUAACGCAGAUAAAUUGAUUGAUUUACCCGAGGUGAAAGCCUCAGUGCUCAGUAUUAUGACACAAUUUGAAAAAAUAUUGAGCGAUAUGUCGGUGCAAUAUAACAUACCUUUUGGAUUCUUGGACUUUGAUCCAGUGACUUUGAUGUCUAAACUUGAAAACGAGGUGCUUAAUAGAAAUUAUAAAAAUGUGGGACAAGUAUUAUACGAAUGUAUUGAGAGCAGUCCUCAUUUAGAUGAUAUUCAGUUUCAUACUCACAUACUCCAUAAUCUUGACAAAAUAUUGCAAAAAUAAUCACGACGCGAAGUCUUAGUUACACACAGAAGAAAUAAAAAUUCUUCUGAAAAAACUAGAAAAUAUAAAACAAUAGGUACUUAAAGCCAAGGGAAUGGCUGUUCUGAUUCAUACCGACUAAUCACUUACCCCAAUCUUUAAUUAGUAUACCGCACACACACCAUAGUACUUGUUAAGGAAACUAUGUAUAAGCACAUACUGUUAUAAAUAUGAAGCAAAUAUAA